AUGGAGGAUCCACAACUUCUGGAGGUGUUUCACGUCCCUCUGGAAGAGCGACGCUAUAAGGACAACAGCCAGUUUGGAGAAGGCGAUGAGGCCAAAGUCUGUGUGGACAUCAUGCAGAAGACGGGGGCUCAUAUUGAGCUUUCCUUGGCCAAGGACCAGGGCCUGUCCAUCAUGGUGACUGGCAAACUGGACUCUGUGAUGAAAGCACGGAAGGAAAUUGUCGCUCGGCUUCAGACCCAGAAGCGCAAGACCACCACCAUCUCCGUGGAGGUAAAGAAGUCCCAGCACAAGUACAUCAUCGGCCCGAAAGGAAACACCUUGCAGGAAAUCCUAGAUACCACUGGAGUCUCGGUGGAGAUGCCGCCCCUUGAAAGCAGCUCGGAGACCAUCAUUCUGCGUGGAGAGCCGGACAAACUGGGGCCAGCCCUAACUCAGGUCUAUGCCAAGGCGAAGAGUGUGAUGGUAGCUGAAGUAAUGGCCCCAGCCUGGUUACAUCGUUUUAUAAUUGGGAAGAAAGGACAGAAUAUUGGCAGGAUCACCCAGCAACUCCCCAAGGUCCACAUUGAAUUCACGGACGGCGAUGAGAAGAUCACUCUGGAAGGACCCACCGAGGAGGUGGAAUUGGCCCAAAGCCAGAUUCAGGAAAUCAUUCGGGACCUGCUCAGACGGAUGGACUACACCGAAGUGCUUAUUGACCAGAGAUUUCAUCGCCAUCUGAUUGGGAAAAACGGAGCUAACAUCAACCGCAUCAAGGAACAACACAAAGUCUCAGUCCGCAUUCCUCCUGACAGCGAGAAGAGCAACUUGAUCCGGAUCGAAGGAGACCCCCAAGGGGUACAGCUGGCUCGUAAGGAGCUCCUGGAAAUGGCGGCCCGGAUGGAAAACGAACGCACCAAGGAUCUGAUAAUUGAACAGCGCUUUCAUCGGACCAUCAUUGGGCAAAAAGGCGAGAAAAUCAAGGAGGUCCGGGACAAGUUUCCAGAAGUGAUCAUCAAUUUCCCCGACCCGUCACAGAAGAGCGACAUUGUACAGUUGCGUGGCCCCAAAAACGAGGUGGAGAAAUGUGGAAAGUACCUACAAAAAGUCAUCGCAGAGCUGAUCGAAAACAGUUUUUCCAUCCCGGUUCCCAUUUUCAAGCAAUUCCACAAGAACAUCAUUGGGAAAGGAGGCGCCAAUAUCAAAAAGAUUCGAGAGGAAACCAAUACCAAGAUUGACCUCCCUACAGAAAACAGCAAUUCUGAAGUGAUCCUGAUCACCGGGAAGAAGGCCAAUUGUGAGGACGCUCGGGAUCGUAUCUUGGCCAUCCAGAGAGAGCUGGCUAACAUCAAGGAAGUGGAGAUCUCCAUCCCAGCCAAACUGCACAAUUCGCUGAUUGGGGCCAAGGGGCGGCUGGUGCGCUCGAUCAUGGAGGAAUGUGGCGGGGUGCACAUCCAUUUCCCUUCCGAAGGCUCGGGCAGCGAGAAAGUCACCAUCCGAGGGCCCGGCGAAGAGGUGGAAAGAGCAAAGCGCCAGUUGCUGCAUCUUGCCGAGGAAAAGCAAAUCAACAACCACUCAGUGGAACUGCACGCUAAGCCAGACUACCACAAGUUCCUGAUUGGGCGUGGAGGUGCUAAUAUCCGCAAAGUUAGGGACCGCACCGGAGCCCGGAUCAUCUUCCCCACCCCUGAGGAUAAGGACCAGGAUGUUAUCACCAUUGUGGGCAAGGAAGACGCCGUACGGCAGGCCCAGCAAGAACUGGAGAGCCUCAUUCGUAACUUGGAUAAUGUCAUUGAAGACUCGAUGGUGGUGGAUCCCAAGUACCACCGCCAUUUUGUGGCCCGUCGGGGACAUGUGCUGCGGGAGAUUGCAGAAGAGUACGGUGGGGUCACUGUGAGUUUCCCCCGGACAGGUGUCCAGAGUGAUCGCGUGACGCUCAAGGGAGCCAAGGAUUGUGUGGAGGCGGCCAAGAAGCGCAUCCUGGAGAUCAUCGGUGACCUGGUAGGUCAUGCUGUACCUCUGGAUUGCAGUUCAGAAGCACAGUCUCAGGAAAACGGCGAUGUGACGCCCGAACUGGACACGGGUCCUCGCAAAUGUGACAUCAUCCUCAUUUCCGGGCGCAAGGAGAAGUGUGAGGCUGCCCGAUCAGCUUUGCUGGCUCUGGUACCCAUCACCAUGGAUGUUGACGUUCCCUUUGAUCUGCACCGCUACAUCAUUCGGCAGAAGGGAGCUGGCAUUCGCAAGAUGAUGGAAGAAUACGAGGUGACUAUCUCCGUACCGCAGCCAGAGCAGCAGUCCGAUAUCAUCAAGGUCACUGGCUUGGUCCCCAACGUGGAGCGAGCCAAGGCCGGCCUCCUGGACAGGGUCAGAGAGCUGCAGGCUGAGCAAGAAGAUCGGGCCCUGCGAGGGUUCAAGCUGACGGCGAGCGUGGAGCCCAAGUACCAUCCCAAGAUCAUCGGCAAAAAGGGGGCUGUCAUUUCCCAGAUCCGCAAGGACCACGAUGUCACUGUCCAGUUCCCCGACAAAGGGGAUGAGCAUCAGGACCUCAUCACGAUCACCGGCUAUAAGAAAAACACCGAGGCUGCCCGAGAUGCCAUCUUGAAAAUCGUGGCGGAUCUUGAGGAGAUGGUCAGCGAAGAUGUCCGCCUGGAUCACAGAGUCCAUGCCCGCAUCAUCGGUGGGAGAGGCAAAGCUAUCCGCAAGCUCAUGGAGGAAUUCCGGGUGGAUAUCCGCUUCCCGCAGCCGGGUUCCAGUGACCCGGACAGAGUCACCGUGACGGGGCUGCCUGAGAACGUGGACGAUGCCAUUGACCACAUGCUUAACCUGGAAGAGGAAUAUAUGAUGGAUGUGGUGGAAACGGAAACCAUGGCUGCAUAUAUGAAGCCCCCCUCCCGCUUGGAAGAGGAGCCUCGGGGCCCUGCCAAGGGCUUUGUAGUGCGUGACGCUCCCUGGAACGCUUCUGGGAACAAGGCCCCCGACGUGAGCAGCGCCGAAGAGUUCCCCAUUUUUGGCACCGGCGUGGUCCCUAAGCAGGCAUCGGUUUGGGGCCCUAAGAAGUUUUGAGGUCAGGGACCACCACCAUGGCUGGCUCUCCGGGCAAGGCCUCGUAGGGCAGGGGGGGGGCUCCGUGGCACCCUCAGCUUCCUGCCGCCAGCUGCCUCUUGCUGUCCAAGAC